CUCCCUCGUCGCUGGGUGUCGCUCGACUGAUGCCUGUUUGACCUCCUCCUCUAGCGAUCGAAACCCCCUUCAAGCCCUAGCAAGAUAGAAGAAGAAGAAGAAGAAGAAGAAGAGAUUGGGUGAAGAGGGAGCGGCGUCGGACAGCGUCCGACGAGCGGCGGGCGAGGGCCAUGGGUCAGUGCUACGGCAAGAACAUCUCUGUUGCCGAGGACGGCCACCGGGAACGACUGAGCCCCGCAAACGGAAGCGCAGAUAGUGGUGGCGCGGCCCCCGCCACCCCGCUCCGCAGAGGCCCCGCUACCCCGCUCCGCAGAGGCCGAAGCGGCGCCACCACACCCGUUCACUCCUCCUCGACCAGCACCACCGCCACCGCAUGGCCCAGCCCCUACCAGCAGGGCUCCGCCAGCCCUCUUCCCGCCGAGGUCCCCCCCUCCCCGGCGAGGUCCACCCCCCGGCGAUUGUUUCGGCGGCCCUUCCCGCCACCAUCUCCCGCGAAGCAUAUAAGGAUCGCCCUCGCAAAGCGCCAGGGCCUGCCGAAACCCAAGGAGAGUCCGAUCCCCGAGGAUGGAAACGAGGAGGUGGAGAGACCGCUGGAUAAGAGCUUCGGCUAUGGCAAGAACUUUGAGGCGAAGUAUGAGCUGGGGAAGGAGGUUGGAAGAGGACAUUUUGGGCACACGUGCUUGGCGACGGCCAAGAAAGGGGAGAUCAUGGGUCAGUUUGUCGCCGUCAAGAUCAUUUCCAAAGCAAAGAUGACAACACCAAUAUCAAUUGAAGAUGUUCGUAGGGAGGUCAAAAUCCUGAAAGCUUUAUCUGGGCAUAAAAAUCUUGUCAAGUUUUAUGAUGCAUGUGAGGAUGAACUUAAUGUCUACAUAGUCAUGGAAUUAUGUGAAGGUGGAGAAUUAUUAGAUAGAAUUCUAUCCAGAGGUGGAAGGUGCACAGAGGAGGAUGCAAAAGCAAUUGUCAUUCAAAUACUGAGUGUGAUGGGCUUCUGUCAUCUUCAAGGUGUUGUGCAUCGUGAUCUAAAGCCAGAGAAUUUUCUUUUUACCACCAGAGAUGAAAAUGCCACCAUGAAGUUGAUUGAUUUUGGUCUUUCUGAUUUUAUUAAACCAGACGAAAGACUAAAUGAUAUUGUUGGAAGUGCAUAUUAUGUUGCCCCUGAAGUUCUACAUAGAUCAUACAGUAUGGAGGCAGAUAUUUGGAGUAUUGGUGUUAUAGCAUAUAUCUUGUUGUGUGGUAGUAGACCUUUCUGGGCACGGACAGAAUCAGGAAUUUUUCAUGCAGUGCUGAAAGCUGAUCCCAACUUUGAUGAUCCGCCUUGGCCUGCUGUAUCUCCAGGAGCUAAAGAUUUUGUGAAAAGGCUCUUGAAUAAGGACUAUAGAAAAAGAAUGACAGCUGCACAGGCCUUGAGUAAAUUGCUACUUAUUACUAAUCAUAAUUAUUUCUCACUAGUAAAUACGCACCCUUGGUUGCGAGAUGAACAAUGGCAAAUUCCUUUAGAUAUACUGAUAUAUAAGUUAGCCAAGUCUUAUCUUCGUGUCACACCUCUUAAACGGGCCGCAUUAAAGGCACUAUCUAAAGCUCUAACGGACGAUGAGCUUUUUUAUCUAAGGUUGCAGUUUAAGCUAUUAGAACCAAAUAAAGAUGGUCAUGUAUCGCUUGAAAACUUCCGAAUGGCACUAUUUCAAAAUGCAAGCGAUGCGAUGAGGGAGGCUAGGGUUCCUGAUAUACUGAAUGCGCUGGAGCCACUCUCAUAUCGAAGGAUGGACUUUGAGGAAUUCUGUGCUGCUACAAUCAGCCCCUACCAACUCGAGGCGUUGGAUGGUUGGGAACAGAUAGCUAGCACAGCUUUCGAGUAUUUUGAGCGGGAGGGAAAUCGAGUCAUCUUUGUCAAAGAACUCGCUCAGGAAUUGAACCUCCCCUCAACUUCUUAUUCUGUUCUGAGAGGCUGGAUUAGACCAGAAGACCGCAAGUUCAGUUUCCUUGGAUACACCAAAUACUUGGUUGGUGCGACGAUACGCAGCUCAAACACAAGACACUGCUAGAUUUUUGAUGUAGUUGUUUCCUGAUACUGAUCCAUUCAUAAAUAAUGUGCCGGUUUCAUCACCUUUUUUCCUCGCGGAUGUAUAUUUUUCGACAUGCAUAGAAUAACUUCUAUAUGUAGAUAAUGAAUUAGAGAACGGAUGUAAAGACGAAUUUGCAAUGAAGCUGAAACGAAGGGCUCCUAACGCAUUAUUUUAUUCUA